AGAGAGAGUGGGGGGGGGGGGCGCUGACGCGGAGGACGGAGCUCCCUCGUCGUUGUCGUCGGUGGUACAGAUGGGCGCGACUCUCCUCAGCUGAGCCCCGGCCGACGAUCCAGCAGCAGCAGCAGCAGCAGCAGCAGCACCGGCGGUCACCCGAUGCAGCCCGAGCCCUCAUCCCGCGAGUGACACUCACCGGCGCCAUGCUGCCCCGUAACAUGCGAACAGGUGGUUGCGACCUGCCGGGGGUGGAGUCAAACGAGGUCCCUCUCAUUGGCUACAGGCCGUUAUCGCCAGACAGCGGCACUCCGAGCAGCCAAUCGGGGAGGGGGAGCGGCAGCGAUGAAUUGGACGCCUCACAGGCAGAGCCCUCACCAAUGAAGACGACCUGGUACUGUCCUCUGGAUCUGUCCACAGUGGUGGAGGAAGAGGAGGACGGCGUGAUCUACACGGUGGUGGUCAAACAGCAACAUGGCUCCCUCAACAGUCCGAUGUCGGCGAUGUCUCGCUCCCAGUGUGUGAAAGCCGGGACGGAGGAGAAGCUGGUGCUCCACCUCCUCCACUCAUUUUCCAUGGGAGACUCCUCCUUCGUCACCAUCUUCCUCUCCACGUAUCGAUCCUUCACCUCCACCAAGAGAGUGCUGGACAUCCUCUCUGACAGAUUGGAGAACCCGCCUGGGGAGAGCGAGAGGAGCCAGACGAGACAGGCUUUCAAUAAAGCGGUGUGCACAGUGUUCAGCACGUGGCUCUCCGAGUAUCCCGAAGACUUUAAGAGCUUGGGGGAGCCCUCCCGCCUGCUGCGCCUCGCUCCCCUCCUCCCUAAGGACUCCUCGUCUGCGGCCGACCUCCGCGCUCGCCUCCUCAGGAUAGCCGAGGAGCUCAGCGAGAAAGCCCUGCUCCCGGAGGCCCAUAAAGAUCAGACCGGUUCCACCAGUCCGUCUCUCGACGCCUCCAAGUUUGAACCCACCAGCGUCCUGGGAUUCCCUGGAGCGCUCAUCGCUGAGCAGCUCACCAAGAUAGAGACAGAGCUGUUUGUCCGUCUCGUCCCGUACCACUGCCUCGGUUCGCUGUGGUCGCAGAGGGAUAAGAAAGGGAGGGAAGGCGUCUGCUGGUCCGUCCGGGCCACCGUACGUCAGUUCAACAAGUUGGCCAAUGCAGUCUUAGCAUCCUGCCUUCGGCCUACGAAGCUGCGCAGCCAGCAGAGAGCUCGACUGCUGGAGAAGUGGAUUAGCGUGGCCGAGGAGUGCCGAGCCAGGAAGAACUUCUCCUCGCUGUACGCCAUCGUGUCGGCGCUGCAGAGCAACCCCAUCCACCGGCUGAGGAGGACGUGGCAGGACACCGACAGGGAGGCGGUGAGGAGAUACGAGGAGCUGUCGGAGAUAUUCUCAGACAAAGACAACUACUCGCAGAGCAGAGAGCUCCUGAAGGAGGAGGGAACAUCCAAGUUCGCCAACCUCGACAACAGGCUCAACAACAAACACGUUAACAGGUCCAACGCCCAGGGCACCGUGCCCUACCUGGGAAUCUUCCUCACAGACCUCACCAUGCUGGACACGGCGGUCAAAGACAGGCUGGAUAACGGCUACAUCAACUUCGACAAAAGGAGAAGGGAAUUUGAGGUUUUAGCUCAAAUCCGGCUCCUGCAGUCUUCCUGCAAAAACUGUGUUUUCACCGCUGACGAGGCCUUCACACAGUGGUAUCAGAGUGUGCCCACGCUCACAGAGGAGGAGAGCUACAGACUGUCCAGUGAGAUCGAAGCGCCUGGCCUUACUCCGACUGUCAUCAUCACCCAGUGCCCAGACCUGAGUACCUCCCGGACCAGCCUGGCUGGUGACAGUGACAGCCUCUUCGACUUCCCCUCUCCUGUCAAUAAUCUGCUGUCAAAACUCACAAAGCAUAUGAGAUCUCCGUCUGUGUCCUGUCUGGAUGUCGACACGACUCCUCCAUCCAGCGACUCCACCCCCGCCACACUGACUCCAUCCACGCCCACAAAAUCACACCGCCGAUCAGCCUCCUGCGGCAACAACCCCCCCAAUAACAUCCCGGGCUCGGGGCCCGACAUGCGAAUCAUCAGGAUACGGAUGGACCUGCAGGAUGGAAACCUGUACCGAAGCAUACUGGUUACGAGCAAUGACAAGACCCCCACUGUGAUCAGCUCCGCCUUAGAAAAGCACAAUCAGGACCCCAAGCAGGCAUCCAGAUAUGAGCUGAUCCAACUCCUGCCUGAAGGAAAAGAGCUGAUCAUCCCCGCUACAGGAAACGUCUUCUAUGCCAUGACGUCAUCCAGCGUUGACUUCCUGUUGAGAAGGAAAGGCGGGAACACUCCUCUGGGCUCACAGCCAAUCAACACAGAGACGAGCGCCACUUUUCCUCGAAUCAAGGCCAAGGGGAGGAGACUGGUCAGGACUCUGUUUUGACACCAGAUUUUUUUUUCCCUCGUCUUCGUACCACAGCGACAGAUUCUCCUCAUCGCCCCGACGUGACCGCGGGGGGGCCGAGCUCUCACAAACAGUGAAUGUGGCCUUCUCUGUGCAAAAACAAAACUCGACAUAUGCCUUUUGUUUCGUGCUCCUGCGACGCUUGCUCUACCAAAAAACACCAAGACCAAGUCCUCUUCUUUCUAUUUUUAUCAGCGGCUCCAGAGCAGGUUCUGUCAAACAUUUCAAACCUCCAGCCGCCCUGCUGUGUUCGCCAGAGCCGUCUGCUGCAGUUUCUCUCUCCAAACAGUAUGCAUUUCUACUUCACACCUAAACAGAAGAGCAACGGAAGCGUUUAACUGACUGCUCUUGGUGCUGGCUCUCGAGUCCCAGUCAGGUAGCACUUGAUGCAUUUUUCCUUUUUUCCAUCCCGACUCCAUGAAUAAGAUGUUUUAAUUUGCCUAUAGAAAUGUAGGAAAUCCCUUGUUGUUGCUGUUGUUGUUGCUGUGUGCCUCAGUUGUGAGUGAUGUCUCUAAAUGUAAAAAAAAAAAGAAAAAAGAUUUGAUUGUUCAGAACUUCUGUGACCUCCUGAGAUGCGAGGAUGAAGGAUUUUAGGACACAAGAAACAAAAUGCAAUCUCAUCGCACAGAGCCUGUCAGAUCGGGCUGUGUGGGGAAAGAAAAAAACAAAAAGCACACACGAGGAAGACCAAAAGAUAAAACGCAAGUGCAUCAUUGUAGCAAAAACACUGGAGACGAAUAUAUGUUUUGUAUAUAUUUAUAUAUUUUGUACGUCUGUAUGAUGUCAACAUUGUGUUUACACUGGUGAGGAGCUUAACUUCCUCCUGUCUGAACUGUCCAGUAGCUGAUUCGUCGAGGAAAAUAUGCAUCAUGUACCUGCAGGAUCUCCACUUUAAACAGGCCGACAUGCAUCUACAGACAGUAAGAAUCAUUAUUUCAGCUUUCACUCAAUCACAGAAUCAUUUCAACAUGAACUUAAAGCUGCAUUAAUCAAUAUUUUUGGAUAAUGGCAGUGGACUCGAUGACUAUUCAUAUUGCGAAAGAGGCUGCUUGGACUGACUAAACUCAAGAGAGUGAGAAUGAGCUUUUUCUGGGGUAUCUGGGUCUUAAAAAUGGACUUCACGGUCUAAUGCUUGGACUAUAAACAGAAGCAGAACACUUCUGAUAACAAAAUCUUGUCCCUUGGCUGCAGAUCCCAUAUUUAUAUAUCUAGAUAUAUGUUUCUGGAAAUUAGCAACUAGCUAAUCUAAAAAUUCAAUCAUCCAGCUGCAGAGCCAGAUAUUGUUCUCAGGAGCUUCUAAACCAAACAAGACCUUGAAAGAUAUUAAUAUGCACUUAUUUUGUCAAUUGGACAAAAAUUCAACCCCAGAUGAAUAAGUAUUCUCAAGCUGUUUGUAGGCAGCUCGGUGCUAACGCGUUAGCCGUAACAACUUUAAGUUGUUGCGCCCCCUGGUGGACAAAAAAAUGGAUUAUUGCAGCUUUAAAAACACCUCGCAGCACUUUCAAGGCUGGUGGCUUUGCUUCAGUUUAUCACAGUAGAACCAAAACCAUGAGGGAGAGCAGAGCCACAACAAUACACCACCACUGUUGGGUUAAAGGAAACAGAGCGUACGCUACACAGCUCAGCCGGACACAUCUUUGCUGCUGUUUACCGACAGAACCAGGCCUCAGCGCUGAUUUCAUGUUAUGAAUUAACAUGUUGACUUAAGCGUAGGUUUUUAAAAAAAAAAAAAAAACAAAGCUUCUGGACUUUGACGAACUCUUGUGACCUCUGGUUGUUUUCCUGCUCAGUGCCGGUGAGGCCGGUCGGCUGAGGCACGAGUCCAAACGGGACCAGGGAGAGGAUUUCUUCAGACGAUGUGUGCUAACGUUGUGCUGUGUUACCGAUUGUUUUAGUGCCUUUCUCCACAGGAUGCUCAUCUCUCCCAUGUUUGCAUUAGAAUGUAUACAAUGCACACAGAGGCGGCGCCGUCACCUCUGGUGCCGUGUCGUUUCACAUCAAAGCUAUUUAUGCACUACAUACAGGAUGUCCUAUUUUUGUGGUAAUAAAUUUACUUUUAUAUGACGUCAUCGCUCUGGAUUGAUGUGCUGUAACAUACUCUGAGUUCAAUACAGACAUAUAUUUUCA